AUGCCAACUAGUAGACGUCACGAGAUUAACAUUCGGUUAGCUAUUGGUGGUACCUUAUGUGGAUUAGGCCGUGCUGGAAUGUUGAAGUUGCUGGGUGCUUUAAAUCUGCCAUCACCAAUUCAGGAACACAAGUACCAUGAGACACAACAAUUUAUUUUAAAUUAUGUUGAAAAAGCUCAAGAACAAUCAAUGAUGUGUGCUACCGAAGAGGCUGUCAUUCAAGCUGGUAGUGUACGAGAUUUAGUAGUAAGCGGUGAUGGAGCAUGGCUUACCCGCGGAUACUCUAGUCUUCACGGAAUCGCCGCUUUAUGUUCAACGACUGCCAAUCCAAAAGUUAUAGAUGCUACUUGGUGUUCUAAAACGUGUAUUAAAUGUCAAGGAGCCGAAAGCAUACGCCAUGCUAAUCCUGAUUUAUUUAGAGCAUUUCAAGAGAAUCAUGAAUGUCAGUUGAAUUUCACAGGAUCGUCAGGUGUGAUGGAAAAACAAAUGAUUUAUGAAAUGUUUUGUCGAUCAGUAUCAAAAUAUAACGUUAGAUAUAUUUCAUAUGUUGGAGAUGGUGAUGCUAAGGUGCAUAGUUUUCUAACGAGCAAUCCUACAUAUCCUGGUGUUACAAUAAAAAAGCUUGAAGAUACAAAUCACUUUGCUAAACGAAUGUUGAGUCGUAUCAAAAAGAUCAAGCAAGAGAAUAAAAAUGAAAUUUUGUCUGACGGUAAAAGAUUUAGUGGUAAAGGACGAAUGACUGAUGCUCAUGCAAUCAAACUUAAGAUUUAUUUUGCUAAAGCUAUACGCGAAUCUAAGACUGAUUUAGAUAAGCUUUAUCAAAAAUCGUGGGCUAUUUUCAAACAUCAUUAUUCGACGGACAAGGAACCAAUGCAUGACUGGUGCGACCCUCAAUGGUGCAAGUACCUGCAGGCAAAGUUAAAUGGUCAACAAUUUUCUCAUAAUUCAAAAUCAACCAUUCCAAGAGCAUGCUUGGAUAUGAUCAAGCCCGUAUUUCACGAGUUAUGUUCUCGAACUAGUUUGGCACGUGUAGUGGGUGGUGGAUCACAAAAUGCCAAUGAGGCUUUUCACUCACUCCUGUGGACAAUGGUUCCUAAACACCGCUUCUGUUCAUCAAUCAUCCUUCGUAUUGCAUUAGGUUUAUCCACAAUCAUUUAUAACGAUGGUUAUGAUGUUUUGGACAGAUUAUUUACAAGCAUUUUCUCGUCUACAGGAUAUUAUUCUGCUGAAUGUUUUAGUCGUCUUAGUUCGAUGAGAAAAAAUUUUAAUUCAAUAUUAAAAAACAGACGUAGGAAAAGAACAACAGCAGCAGCAACUGCAAUAACAACAACUGCUGCUACCAAUGAUUAUUCCAGUGAAAGCUAUGAUGAAAUGCUACUCACUCCUAAUGAUAAAGAUUCUGUUGAUAUUACUCAAGAUUUAAUAGACCUGGACCUGUCAGAUGAUGAUACAAUUGCUGACUAUGAACCUGGGGGAGAUGAUUAG